GUGGCCGUCAGUUACCUAGCAACGUCGCGUUCUCUCCAUUGUGCUUCCAAUCCUCGUGCUUGUCGAUAGUUUCUCUUCAAUAGAUGCAGAGGAAACAUCAGGCAUGGCUUUGAAUGCCAUCAGGAGUUUGUGGAGAACCUGCCAGUUGGACAAAUCUGACACCAGUGAGUCCAAUACAGAGGAGGAGGAGGAGGAGGAGGAGUUAUCAGUGAGGAAGCAAUUAUCUAUGAACCUAAGUCAGACCCUUCGAACCAGGCAGCUACUCAUAAACUUCCAUGGUGGUCGACCUGUUUUUCGUCUCAGAGCGCCUCUGGACCUCGUUAAUUUCCCAACUAUCCCUCGCCCCCGUUGGCCAAUAGAGUGUGAUGUCAUCAGCGACAUCAUCCAGCAUAUAGAGUGGGAGCCCCCCGAGCCAGAGCCUUUUUAUCAACCCACGGGUCAUGAGAGGACACCGAUGCCAGUUGGAGAGGAGCGAGGGAAGGUGUUGUACUGCAGGGAUCCUGCAACCAAGUGUGGCUAUUUUACCUGCGCUCGUGCUGGGGGAAACCAGGACCCCAGUAAGGGCACCACUCCCUACGGUAACCACACAGACUUCAUUCUGGAAUUUGAGUCACGCUUUGAGAGUGGGAACCUCCAGAAGGCUGUGCAAGUCGGCGUCUAUGACUAUGAGCUCACCCUCCGUACAGACAUGUACACCAUGAAGCACACGCAGUGGUUCUACUUCAGGGUCAGGAACAUGAAGGCUGGAGUGACUUAUCGGUUCACCAUCAUCAACCUGAUGAAGAGUAAUAGCCUGUACUCUCAUGGCAUGAGACCACUCCUUUAUUCUGAAAGGGCCGCUAAGGAGAACGGUGUUGGGUGGCAACGCAUAGGCUCCAAUAUCAGAUACUAUCGCAACUGCAGUCAGAGUACGAAGAACAACAGUGAUGUCAUCUUCCUGUACUCGCUCACCUGGACUUUUCAGUUCCCGUAUGAUUCAGACACCUGCUAUCUCGCCCACUGCUACCCCUACACCUAUUCACGGCUGCAGCGCUACCUUAGGCGGAUUUCCUCCAAUCCAGCAGUGGCAUCAUAUUGUCAAGUGCGUGUCCUGUGCCACAGCCUCGCUGGGAAUGCUGUGUAUGUGGUCACAAUAACAUCUAAGGCGGUCGGCAGGCAGGAGAGUAGGAACAAGAAGGCUGUGGUGGUGACUGCCCGAGUGCACCCAGGAGAAACCAAUGGAUCCUGGGUGAUGGAAGGACUCCUUGAUUUUCUGCUUGGGGACUCAGAUGAUGCUCAGUUACUCAGGGAUAAUUUUGUUUUCAAGGUGGUCCCGAUGCUGAACCCAGAUGGUGUGGUGGUUGGAAACUACCGCUGCUCUCUGGCAGGCAGGGACCUCAACAGAAACUACAAGACAUUGCUCAGGGAUUCCUUUCCCUGUGUGUGGCACACCCGGAACAUGGUGGAAAGACUUGUGGUGGAAAAGGACGUAGUUCUGUACUGUGAUUUUCAUGGCCACAACCGUAAAAACAAUGCCUUCAUGUAUGGAUGCAACAACCGAGGAGAGGCUUCCCUUAAACUUCAAGAGAGAGUCUUUCCACUUAUGAUGAGCAAGAAUGCCAGCACUAAGUUCUCCUUUAAGAGCUGUAAAUUUCGGGUAGAGAAAAGCAAGGAGGGCACAGGGCGAAUCGUCAUGUGGAGACUUGGCAUCAAAAACAGCUACACCAUGGAAGCCAGCUUUGGAGGCUCCACUCUGGGCGAUAGGAAAGGAACCCAUUUUACAACUCAAGACCUGAAAUCCUUGGGCUUUUGCUUAUGUGAUACCCUGCUGGACUUCUGUGACCCUGAUCCAACAAAAAAUACCUACUGUUUGACAGAAUUGGCAGCAAUGUUGAGUAAAGAUGUCAGAGAAAGAAUUGGCAAAGAUUUGGGCACAGACUGUAACAUCUCUGUGUCUGACCUGGAAACAAGCACCAGUGGUUCAAAUAGUUCAGAUUCAGAUGGACUUCCAGUUCAUUUACUGAACCAGCAUCAAGCUGUCCAUACAGAGCAAACCCCAGUAAAAGAGCAAAAGAAACGUUUGAGGACCCGUAAAGAAAGAAACAAGCAGCAAAAAGACAGAGUGAGGAAAAGGACAGAGCCAAAGGAGUUAAGCCAGGACAACACAGUUAAAGACAGCGUCCAAGAGAAGCCAGUUGGAAGACGCAGAAGGAAAUGGCAGCUCAAUGGCCUGAUAGAAAAGGGUGGGAACCCUCGUCCCACCACUAACGCUGGCGAGGUCAGCCAGGUGACACUGUGGCAGGGCUGCAAACCCAUCAACAUAGAGGAUGAAUGUCAGGAGUACUUGAACACCCCAUACCUGCAUCACAAGACAAAAGCAUGUCCGAAUCACAACACACUCCCUGCUGUGUCACUUCAAUCAGGUGACCCAGCGAUGAGUACACAACAGCAGAGAUGCUCCAGUCAGCUGCUACACCUAAGUGCCAUUAAUCCAUCUCCACCACGUCUCAUACAUUUCACCAAACAGCAGCAUUCCUACCCUCAGAGAUCUACUCCCUCUCAUAAAGUCUACACCAGUUUGUCUGCAUGGCCGCCACCCUCCGCUAAAGCACCCUACAGAUCUCCCCCAUUCUUGUACAUCAGGAUGAUUCCACCCAUUCAGCCAGCAAAGCGUCCACAGACAACUUUCACCACCAGCAAGUUCAGUCGCCUGCAUAGUUUAAGAGAUACAGAUGCUCUACAUGCCUCAGACCUUUCCUUUGGGUCUGAGCAUUCCUCCACUUCAAACACAGACAUCACCAAGAAACGACUACAGAAUGACAACAAGGAUCCCUCUGAAGUGGAUGUGUCGCCGUUCAGAAGUGAAGCAUUUCGUGAGCAGAACCAGAGCGAUUGCUGCUCUGACAGCCCUCCUGAAAGAAACUGUGUUUCUGUGCAAGCAUCUGAGAGGAAGAUUUGGAUUAAACCUUCUUGA